AUGAGCGAAAACAAGGAUAAUGGCAAUGAGAAGAAGAAGGCCAAAAUCAAAGUUGAUUGGAAGUAUCAUCCUGCUCGAACGCUGAUACGGGAUAGGUUUGAAAAUGGCCAAAUUCCUCUCAGUUACUCCAUAGCUUCCGGUUUUGGUCCGAGAGAUGUCUACGACUCUUUGAUUGCGCUUGGUGACCCAGCAAUGACUGGUGUUGAAUACGAUGAGGAGUUUACUCGUCAUCUACGUGAUAUUAGACUGCAAAUUGCGGAGUGCUCUGAUAGAGCAAGAGAUGACGAAGACGCCUACAAAAACUUUCGAACGAACCAUCCAACACCAGAAGUGGAUGGACGAGGACGACCGCGUUGGCAAGGCUCAGAGGCGGAGGUUUUGCUCAAACAAGAUAUGGAUGAUGGCAUCCACAAGCAGUUUGACAAGCCCUCAUCGUUCUAUGAGUCCAGACCAGAGUACCAGAAAUUUGAAUUGGAAGUGUUCCGUGGGCACAUUGAUCAAGAAAAGCGCCUUCGCAACUACUACAAUUAUCUAGAAAAAGAGGAAGCAGAGGAAAAGGAGAAGCUGGAGAAGGCUAGAAAAAAGGUAACAGGAGGGAAGUAG